UGUUCUCGGCUGUGGGUUUUAGCCAAGGCUGCAGCGCCUAGAGGCCGAGAGAGUGACAGCGGCUUCCUAGGGCGCCCACACCCGGGCAAUGCGAUUUCUGGAGCCCCUGGGGCGCAGGCUAGGCUCUCGCUCCUCGCGGGCGUCGGCUGAGCCUGAGAGGCCCGAAAGCCUCCGUGGCUCGAGGAGGAGAUAGGGAGGGUAAGCUGAGGUACCGAGGCUCCCUACCCCCUCACCCCUCGCCCCAUUCACCACAGUGCGGGGAGCCGGAUCGCGGGACGCCGAGGCCGGGACGGGAAUCCUCUGCACGAGGCCGAGGGACCCUGCGCCUCAUCGCCUGGGUGGGCUGCAAAGAAAAUGGUGCAGUCUGAGAGUGACUGACCCCAGCUGGCCAGAGCAAGCGGGUGCUGGACUGCUUGGGCUCAGGUGGCAGCGAAGGGGGCGGGUUGCUUCGAGCAGCCGGGUCCUGGGUUUUCUUCGUGCCCGCGGCAUUUGCUUAGCACCUGGGCAGCUCCCACGCGGGGCUGCGGGAGACUAGGUGAAGUGAGGCAGAGGGGAUCUUGGAGGAGGCUGGGCGUACACAUUCCAGGAAGAAGGAGCUGGAAAGAGCAGAAUGACACCGAGGAGGCUGGCGACUGGGCCGGCUGCGCGCCACCCCUGAGCGACCUGUCCAUGGUGUUGAAGGAGCUCGGAGAGCCCGGGGUGCGCCCUCCUCUGUGCAGCCCGCCCAUAGCUCCUGGCAGCUGCCGCCCAGUCUCUGCAAACCCCGGGCUGGGAAUAGUCGCCUAACGCCGCCUGGGUGUCCCCGCUGUCCAAAAGCUAGACAGUCUGAAUGGCGAGGCCAGAGGCAGGCCACCCUGGAGCUCGCGGGGAAAGGCUGUCCGAGAUCGUGCGUCCUCGGGCAGUUCACCUCUGAGAGCACGCGUGGGACAGCAGGAGCCAAGGACCUAUUGGUGAUCAGAGGACCGAGGCUUUGAAAAGACCCGACGCAGAGAGGAAGAACAGUUUCGGACGCACGUCCCCGGCCUUCGGCUGCAGAUCGAAAAGGGGAGAGUCCAGGAGAACGAGAUCCAGGGCAGCCGGGCGCGGGCGCAAUCCAUUCCUUCGGCGGAGUGCUGCGUCCUCACACGCCCUCCCUAUCAUUCCCAGGAAGCCAGGACAGUCACUUCGGUCAGCAAGCUGCACAGAGAAACCCAGCAAAUCCCGCCGCGGUCGAGAGCACUUGGUAUUUAGUUUGCGGUGGCCGGGCCGCGGGCCGAGGCGGAGGCUUAGGACUGUCGCCUCCUGAACGGUGAGAAGUGGCGGUGUUGAGUUCGCCACCACCGGAGAAGGCUGCACCAGCCCGGAGGAUGCUCAGGACCCCGCGGGAGCCUCUCCAUAACAGAACUUUAUAGGCUGCCCGCCCCGAUCCCCGCAGUCUCCCGGCUCCGUACCCGCAGGUGGGGGCCAAGGGGUCGCCGCGGCGCAGAUCCCCUCCAGUCCCCACCCCCAGCUCGGCCGCCCUCCGCUUUGUUCUGGGCGUGCAGAGGGAAGGCGAGGCUGCGGCGGAUCAUGCCCAUGGUGUAGCCGCCAAGCGGAGGCAUGGCUGCCGGAAGGUUACUGCUCUACACUGGGCUUUCGCUAGCGCUCUGCGCCCUCGGCAUGCUGGCUGUGGCCAUCUGCUCCGACCACUGGUACGAGACGGACGCCAGGAAGCACAGGGACAGGUGCAAGGCCUUCAACACCCGCCGGGUCGACCCCGGCUUCAUUUACAACAACAACAACAACUUGCCUCUGCGCGCGAGCCGCUCGCGCCUGGACCGCUGGGAGGGCAAACUCCUCCGGGCCCGGAAUCGCCGGCAGCUGUUCGCCAUGAGCCCGGCGGACGAGUGCAGCCGGCAGUACAACUCCACCAACAUGGGCCUCUGGAGGAAGUGCCACCGGCAGGGCUUCGACCCAGAGAUCGCCGCCCUCAUCCGGAAAGGAGAAAUUGAGAGAUGCACGUACAUCAAGUACCACUACUCCUCAGCAACCAUCCCCAGGAACCUCACAUUCAACAUCACGAAGACCAUUCGCCAGGAUGAGUGGCAUGCUCUGCACCUGCGCAGAAUGACGGCUGGCUUCAUGGGCAUGGCGGUGGCCAUCAUCCUCUUCGGCUGGAUCAUCGGUGUGCUGGGCUGCUGCUGGGACCGAGGCCUUAUGCAGUAUGUGGCAGGGCUUCUCUUCCUCAUGGGAGGAACCUUCUGCAUCAUUUCACUGUGCACCUGUGUGGCUGGGAUCAACUUUGAGCUGUCACGUUACCCACGCUACCUAUAUGGACUCCCGGAUGACAUCAGCCACGGCUAUGGAUGGUCCAUGUUCUGUGCGUGGGGGGGCCUGGGCCUCACACUAAUCUCGGGAUUCUUCUGUACCUUGGCCCCCUCUGUCCAACCUGUCCCGAGGACCAACUGCCCUAAAUCCAGACCAGAGAAUGGGACAGUGUGCUAAAAAACAAACCCAUACAUAUAUAUAUAUAUAAAUAUAUAUAUAAUAUACAUAUAUAAAAUGAAACUCAAUCAAGAUGAUGCCAGUGCCAAGGUAGAGUUGAGUUGGCUCAGGCACCUGCAUCUCAUCAGACUUUGUGUUGCCUAAUCUCCAAGAUGGGAAAGGGUUCCCAUCCCGUGGCUCUCUCUCAUCAGUUCUUGACUUUGGCUUCAUGUUUUCUUCAAGACAGUGAAAGCCGCCACCUGCACUAGCAUCUUGAUCCCUGUCACUCAUAAGGAUGUGGCGGUGAACUGGAAGGGACAGAGGCAGUGGUCUGGAGCAACACAGAUACAGAGAAGGAAGCGCUACUCUCUGGGCCAGCCGGAAAGGCCACCACCACCCCAGCCAUCAUAUCAUGGGAAAACUCAGUCCCUUGAGUUCAUAGAAUGUAACCACAUCUUGGAGGCCAUUUUCAGAACCACUUCUCUGCCCUUUCUGUUCUGAGCUCCUUCCCAGCCCGCCAGCGACACACCAAGAGUGGAAGAGAAAACAGACUGAGAAGGAAGUUUUCUCUUUGUGGCCAAACCUUUGGACAAUGUCUUAGAGGUGGGAAGGGGAGAGAACAUGCUGAGAGGCAAGAUCAGCAUCAACGAAAGGACAUUCCAGUGGAUGCUCAGAAAACCCAGUCUUACCUUCCAGCUGCCUUACACCCAGUUAAACAAGAGGCCACCCUGUCCUCCCCUGCCUGCGUUCUCUGGGCAGAUGGAGCCUUUGAGCAAUGCUGUGAUGUGUGUGUGUGUGUGUGUGUGCGCGCGUGUGUGUGUGCACGUGUGCAUAGGUGUUGGGUGGUUACCUUUUUCUUUUCCACUCCUUGAAUGGAAAUAUCAUCUUAUUCUGUUGUCUCUCUUUCUCUCACUAUUAUUAUUUUUGACCCAUUAUGGAGGCUCCAAGAUCCGGGAAUUAUCUUGAAAGGCAGGCCUUCAUGGGGGCCAGUGCAGCAGCUGCAGAUCCCUGGAGAGAGACAAAAGUGUGCAUGUGUGUGCGUGCGUGUAUGUGUGUAUGUGCCCAUACACAUGUGUAUGUGCAUGCAUGUAUGCUGGAUAUUUCCUGAGUGUGGGGGUUUUAUUGUUUGUGUUGCACUUUUUCUAUGAUUUCUGGUACAACUGAAAUUCCCAGAGGGCAAAACCAAGAACAAAACCACUGGGCCAGAGAACCCCGUGGCACUUCACAGUACGGUUCUGGAACUCUGCAAGAUAUAGUCCACUAAUUUCAGAAGCUCAAGACACAGCUGGGCACAAAAGUCCUAAGAGAAGAGGGGGAACAUACAGAUCGGGAAAGAGAAGGAAUAUUGCCUCUGGCUGCUGAUGUACAAGUAAAUAUACCAAACAAGACCUUCGGUCCCCGCCGUGGGGGCUGUCCUUUGUCACUGGACAUCUGCUCCUUUUCUAGGGGUGAGCCCUGUACAGAUGACAGGAAAUGGGCCACAUGCAGAGAGAGCACCUCCAUGUCCCAUGGGCUCAAGUUUGUAUGAUAUUAUGUAAAUUAAUGGAGAAUUCUCGACUCUUUCCAUUCUUGUCCCUUUCCUCUUGAUCUUUAAGGCCACGAAUCCCCAAAUAGUGAUCUAUUUUAGGGGCUAGCACUGAAACUGAGGUGGAGCAAGACCAUCCAGCUCACUUGAGCAAAUUGGCACUGAGUGCUAGCAAGUGAAGUGAAGUUAGCCGGAGCUGUGAAUGCCACAUGGCAGGAGUAACUCAUGGUUACCUUGGGGACCCUGCUGGUGCCAAGCGUCCCUGGGGAGGCAAGGAGAGAAUCCUGAGCUGGUGCAGCUGUGGUCAGCCAUGCAGAUGGGGAGCUCAGCUGCUGCAGAAUGGGUCUGCUUUGGGAACAUUGCCAACCACUCAGCAGCCUUCCUCCCUCAAGUGCUCCACUGCAGCUCCCUGUUCCUGACCUCUUUUCCUACCAGAUGCCUCCCCUCUCACCUACCAACAGUUCCCUCCCCUUCCCCAACCUGCCAGGUUAUUCAUCUCAUCUGCCCUUUCUCUCCCUCUCCCCCCUUGUUCCCUCUUCCCUUCUCUCUCUCCCUCUAUCCCUCUCUCUCUCCCUCCCUCCCAGUGUGUGUGUGUGUGUGUGUGUGUGUGUGUGUGUGUGUGUGUGUGUAAUCCUAUCAGGGAAUGAUGUCUGAUGGGCUUCAUGUGGGUAACUUUUUGUGUGCAUCUUUCUGAUGCAGUGUGUGUGUGUGUGUGUGUGUACCUAUAUAGAGGUAUGGAUGCAUUUCUCAAGACUCCCUCAUCAGGGCCCUGGUCAGAUCCUACAGAAGGUCUUACAUGUGACUACCCCAAGUGUAGGGGUGCCGGGAGAGCAGGGGCAAGCUGGGUGUUAGGGAAUGCUGCUGGCUUCCAACUGAGAUUCUAAGAGUUGUUCUUAAGAUAAACAGUGUAUUCCAUGAUAGGGGAAAUAAUCUUCAGAAAAAAAAAAUCAGUUUUUUUUUUAACAGAGAAUUUUGUUUUUUUCUUUUCCUUUGAAAAGAUAAAUUUUUCUCUUAAGGUGAAGGACAUUCUUGGGGCUGGAAAAUGGAAGUAUCUCAGAUUGAGAGGGCUUUUGUCUUCCUCCAGAGUAUCUUGACCUGGGCAGGGACAAGCAGGUGUCCUUGAACAUCCACUGAGGCACAGAACUUGUUAGGAAUGGAAUAUUAAUUCCAGCUCUUUUGCAGUUGCAAAAAGACAGAGGAAGCUAAGCCAAAUGGGACAAUUUGCUGUUGACUAUUUAAACUUCUCUUAAGUAAACUUGUUUGAACAAACAAGUUCACAGACCUCUCAUUUAUACCUUUAUGCCUUGGUUUUCUUUAAAAAAAUAAUUCAUAUUCAUCAUAAACAGAUCAUCUGCUCUACCCAAUUGCCCAACUCUGUGGCAAACUUAAUAAAACUUACUGGCUUCUUUGAAGCAUGCACAUAAUAGACAGAUCCCAGUGAGGAGAUAGUGUCUCUGGCUCAGUUAAUUCCACCCCAAUCGGCAGAACAGGACCUUAGGGUCACUUUGUCAUUAUUCCUACCAGACAGACACAGAUACACACAUGCUGGGGUCUGUAGUACUUAGCAACAAAGACAAGCCAUGGCACCCAAUCAGGACAGAAGUCCCCACAAUGAUGGGAGAUAGCAAUCUCUGUCUAGGUGGCCUGAGCCUUCCAUCACAGGUUAUUGACCCCUGGUUAGAAUAAGCCACUCUGACACAGAUUCUGUAAUUUUCUGGCUGUGAGGUGGCUAGGGAGUGAGUAGAAGAAAAAUCAGAGCAGUCUUGGUGUGGGGCACACUCUAGUUCGGACUCCACUAACUCUAAAUCAUAGACCCCAGCCUUCUGAGGUGACUGAGAGCCAGUGGCCUCUGCGAGACCUGCAGCUCCUACCCAGGUCAAAUUCUUUCUGCUGUGUGUGUACAAGGACCGUGAUUGCACGUGCUGUGGGCCCUGUGCUAACCAACAGCCUGAGCGCAAUUUCCACAUUCAUUGUUCAUUUCCUCGCUCUCUCCUAAGUCAGAGAUUUGGGGAAGUUGGGGCCUGGCUGGGAGAAAGUGUAAUUCCUCGCUGCGGAGUUAUGGUUCAUUUCUAUUUUCUUCUCCCUAUGGCUUUCCUUAUGAUCAGUUUGUGACAGUUGCCUUCUUAGGGAGGAGAGGGACUUCAAGCCCCUUCUCCUUGUUUGUCAUGGCCUGAGGUCUCACAAGGAUGUGUGUGGAUCACUGACAUCAAAAUAUAAGGAAGAAAAUGUCUGUUUCACUUUCUCACUUCUAGGGAUCACGAAAGCAUAACUAGACAGCUCUUCCAGAUGAAGAUCAGCCCUCUUUAGCCUCAGGUUCCUGAAUGAUUCCCUGGGCCCUGACACUAUGCUGGUUUAUUGUCCCUCAGGUGAGGGUUCUAUCCAAAUGUGUCACUUUUCCUUCAUAAGAGAGGGUACCCUAAUACUUUGCAUUUCCUUGGUCAUCCAUAUAUAUGAUAAGAGACCUAACAGGAAAAUGCCGCAUGUGUUCUCCUGACUUCAGGAAGAUGUGCCAUUGAGGUCUCAAAAGCUGCCCGCCUAGUAAAAUUUGGAAUAAUGGAGUCAAAUUCAUUGCUCAGAGCAUUCGGCUUCAACUGUCUUAGGCUGGGAACAUCCAUCCACUGAUUUCAGUCACGUAGUGGAAGAAGUGGGGAUCGACCCAGACACCCUCUGUCUUUAUGUGGACUAGCGGUUGCUUCUCCUAGUUCAAGGCAAUCUUCUUUUCUGAAAAUGUGUCUGCUGCUCCUAGGCUGAUUUGCCUCAGUGAGCACAUCCAUCCCUCUCCAGGGAAACGUGAUGAGUCAGAAGAACUGAGCACACAGACAGGAAUGGUGAAGCAGAGCUCAGCUGGACCAGCCUUGGUGCUGUCUUCCAGCUCACACAGACAGAGGAAAGGGACGGAUUUUUUAAAGCAAGUUCAGCAGAGCAGAUGCAUACAAAAGAUCCUGACGUCUCUCAGACUGUUGACUUUGGGGGUUAUGUUUACCAUCUUUUCAUUGAUGUGUCUAUGCCCCCAAACAUUUCUUUGACAUUGUUCCUAGUCCUUAGACCAGAUUUUUACAAGUUAUUGAGUACCCCCCCUCCGAGGAAUACAUGCUCACUGUAGAAAACUAGAAAAAAAAUAGCAUACAAAAGACUGAGAGACCGAUCAUAAGCUGCCCAUCACUCUGAGGCCCAGCCAUAAUGGCCAGAACCUCAGAACCUCUUCAGUGAGUGGUUGUCACUGAGGGAAUAAAUGGGGCUGGGAGGACAUGGCAUGGCCACAGAACUGUGAUUGGCAUCAGUGAUUCUGUGUUCUUGGCAACAACACAAGUCCCAAGGACAGCAAGGAGGCCUUCGAAAGCUCAGGCCAGAGGGAAAGAUUUCUAUUUAGGACUAUCUAUCUUAUCUAUCUAUCUAUCAUCUAUCUAUCUAUCUAUCUAUCUAUCUAUCUAUCUAUCUAUCUAUCUAUCAUCUAUCUAUUAUCUAUCUAUCUAUCUAUCUAUCUAUCUAUCAUCUAUCUAUCUCUAUCUAUCUAUCUAUCUAUCUAUCUAUCUAUAUCUCUCUAUCACCUACUUAUCCUUUUGUUUCAGGUGCCAUCUCAAUCUAAUCAUGAGUACACAUUCACUAACUAAGCUACACUUGUAUAAUGCAGCGGUGGCUGUACCUUUCAUUCUGCUCUGUCCUAAAAUGAUUUGUGACUCUGGGCACUGUGUCUUCUCUAUACUUGAACUUCCUCGUCUACAAAAUGAGGAUGGUGAUAACGUUUUACCUCAUGGUACAUUAAGGGUGACAAAGAAAUUGCUGAGCGAUUUGCAAACAUGAAGUGUCUAUGAAUUACGCACUGUUCAAAUUACCCAUUAUCAGCAGCGCAGCCACUAAGGUGGAAUGGAUCCAUCAAGGCGCUACCAAGAGGGAUAUGGAGGGGGGGGGGGCAUCUUGGUUGCUGAGCUAGAGCGUAGCUACCCAGCUGAAGUACAUGGGGUUCACGCCUUCCUUCAAGGCCUCCAGAGGAAUCGCCUUCUUUGUAUUUGUUACCCAUGGCCAGACUCAUGCCCUUUUCUCCAAGGCCAGUUUUGCAAAGUGCACUCUCAUCCCUGUAGCUUAGUCUUAUUACCAGAAGGGAUGGAGAACGAGGAGACCACGCAGAGGCUAAGAGCACAGAGGGCUCUGACAUUUCACCUCUAAAGCAGGCAUGGAGUUUAUAGUGCUGCUUGUUUUAAUAGUUCUGGGUUCACUCCUGGCUGUACAUGCUCAUGUUAGGGGAAAGUCAGAUCCUAAAGCUAUUAAAGUUCUCUCAUGUGUAGAGUGAGGAUAAGCAUGGCAGAGCGAGAGCCCACUUCCUCUUGUCAGGCUGCAAAGCUAGUGGCUUCGUCAAUAGCCUCUGAGCUUUGGUUGGAGGGCCUCUGCGUGGUAUAUCCAGUUAGGACAUUUCCCAGUAUGAACUCACUUGGAUCUUAGAUUCUAAAAGGGAAAAGAACAGAUUCCCCCGAAAGAAUCUCCAUGCUUUUCUUCUUCCCUGCCUGCCCUGAAACUUUCUAACAGAGAAUAACACGUCCUUGCUCUCCCUAUGACUAGAGCCCAGCCAAUCAUAAGGGUACAAGGUAGCUUGUUCAGGGCCAAGAAACAGAAAACUGGACCCCAACUUAGGAGUUACCUAGCUACAGCUCAGCCUGGCACCUCCCUGACCUGCAAGCCAGCCUACUACUCUUCAUGCCUAAGGCCUGUGUGACUCCCUGGGUGGGGGGACCAUGUCCCGUAUUUUUCUUCCCUAGGCCCCAAGCUUUUCCUUUCCUCUCGGGAUGGCCCCUAGGCCCAUUGUCAUUUGUAUGUGCUGGUGUGUCUGUGUCGUGAGUGUGAUCAUGCCUUCAGGCCAUUGUGCCCCUCCCCUGCCCCACCCCACUGCCCAUGGUGUGACUGUUUCGAUCCAAGACUAUCUGUAAAAAUGUACAAACAAAAGUGAAAGCUGAAAAUAAAGGGGAGGGAGAUUGCAACUCCUCAAAGGCUGAAACAGAGCCCUCAGUUUUCUGGGGACUGCCCUAGGAUCCUGGCCCUGGAGACACCUGAAGGGAGGGAGGCCCAUUAUGAGAGAGUUUCCUGGUUGUUCUCCUGAUAGUUGCUCCUGCUUGCUAAGCACUCUCUGUUCUGAAGGCAUUUGCCUUUAAUGUUAAGUCAUUUUCUCCCAAGUCAAAGCAUAUCCUCAAAGUAAGAAGAGCAAAGGUCGUGGCCAGUGUCAACCCAAAGACCUGACCUGGAGUGAGUGACAUUAGAAAGUUUGUUCACCUCGAGCCUUGGGUGAAUCUUGUGACCUCGCCAUGUCCUCACAGCCUCAUAGGGAGCAGGGUGACUUUGGGGACUCAUGGGACACCAGGUCUCCCCUGUCCAUUCUGCUGCUAUUUGUGCCCAUGCUGGCUGUUGCAUUGAGAGAAAUCAGGAUCAGGAGAUGCUUUCUCCCCGCUGCUCUUGGCCCAAGCUGAUAAUCCUCAGAAAGUAACCGCAAGCCAGCAGCCCGUUUGUGUACAGAGUCCAAAGCCUUUGCUCCACCUUUUCGGUCUCAGAUGCCUUUUCCCACCCACUCCGAUUGUCUCAUCGUGCCCUCUCUGUUGAUAGAGCCUUGCCUCAUAGGACUGUGGUAGGAGAAAGACCAUCAAAGGAGAUGAGGCAUGCGUGUUGCUUUACCAACUGUGGCUUGCUCCACAAACGUGGUUUACUCUGUAGAGAAGUGGAGCCUGGUCAGGGGGCACGACGAAAUGGGAAGAGAGAAAAAAGGCGGUUCUGGCACUGGGGUGGAGGCUGUGGGUAGAACACGUGGUUAGGCAAACUUAGAACUUAAAGAAAACUUUGGAAUGGAGAAAUUUCUGUGCUUCCAAAAUCCCCUCAGCAGAAUGGCAGAGAAAUAGCCCCAAGGCAGGAAUUCUGGAGUAGAGGGAUUAGGAUAGCACAGGGCACCAGUAAUCAAUCCCGGAGUAUAAGUGACUGCCAGACAAGAAUAGUUUUCUCAAAGAGAUACACAAAUGUGGCCUGUGCCAGCACCCCCUCCAUUCAAGAGUAUAGGCUCCUCCAGUCCACAACUUCCUCAUCCCUGAUGGACCUUGGUGACCUCCUUUGAGACUUGUACAAGGAAGGUGAUUUAGACCUCUGCCGCCCAAUAGAAUUUGAUACAAGAUAUGUAUGCAAUUUGAAAUAUCCUGCUAGCUGCAUUUUAAUGCACCGACAGAACAGAUGAAAUUAAUUUCCAUACUUUUAGCCCUUGGACCUGAACCCAAUAUCAAAGUUACUGGCAUGCUUUAUGUGCUGGCUAGUUCACAUAAAAUCUAAACCGAGGUAAAUCUUACCCCGAGAAAACAUCUCCAACUGACUCAGCCACAUUUUUAGGGCUCAAAAGUAGCAUCAGGCUUCUGGUACCUGGCUAGGAAAACACAGGCUUUUCAGAGACUGAGCAGAAUGCCCUGGCUGGCAAAUCGCUCAUUGGUGAGCAUUUCUCUGUGGGGGUCAAAGGCGAGGGCUGGAUUUGCUGAGUAGGAAGCCGAGCCAUCUCCACGAUGCUGUCUCGCCUUUGGGAGUUCUACUUCACCUGCUUAGCUGGGGCAGGGAACUACUGUGAACCUACCACAUGUUGUAUCUGCCUCAAGGGGUGUUAGUGCUAUCCCUGGACAUGGCCCUGGUGACCUGUCGAAAUCCUGGGGGACCGCAGGUCAUGCCCUUUGGCGGUAGGGGCGUCAGCCACCACCCACCCUAUCUAUCCAGAUGUCUUUUUAUCUCGUGAUAAGGGAUAGACAGGCCUCCCCAUUGUUAAGAAUACACAUCUCCCCCACCUCUUAACUUCUGGUGGAGUCUCCUGCUAAGAACAUCUCACUGAUGUUCGCAGCUCUUUGAUCCAUCCUCCAAUUUCUUUUUAAAUCUUGAAUGCUGAAGAGGAGAUAUGGGAGAAGAGCAGCAGGCAGACCGUAUCUCCUAGGAGGUGGCAGCGACCAGUUCUGUUCUUACGCAAGAACUGGAGCCACCGUUUCCUACCUCUCCUUUCUGCUUAGAGAUCUUCCUUAGGUCUAAAUAAGCCUCUUUCAUGUGGGGGGAAAAAGACAGGUAGUGAGAUCUUAGGGCAUAGAACAGAAUAAAUAUAAGCAAGCCCCUGGGCAUUCUCCAAUCAUUUCAAAGAAGCAGUAUGAUAAGGCUUGAUUCAUUUAAAAUCUAACCUUCUGAGGCCUAUGCUGCCGAGCAGGAGGAAGGGAGCUGACUAGGUGAGUACGUUUUAAAUGUGGUCAUUAGACGGGGCCUAUCGCCGACAAAACUCUCAAACAGCUGGCGAGUUUAUGGUCCGCCAGAUUAUUGCUCAGUCAAUAUAAAUUUAUUUACCUUCACUCUAAUUUGCAUAGUGCUUUCUGAUUGGUUAGACACAGUGUGGUGUAUACUGCAGGAUUCUAACAACGACUCUCCCCUUGGAGGUAGCAAUUCCUGUGGUCAUUGGUGCUAAAAAUAAGAUUAAAUAUUAUGUUAAUUUGUUCUGAUAUGAUGUGAAUAAAUGUAUUGUUUAAUCUUAACAAGAAUGCUACAUCUUAUCAGAUCUAUUGUACUGUCUGUUUCUUCUCAUAAUUAAUUAAUUACAGGAAAGGUGAUCCAAACCAGAUCUCGAAACUCUUGUGAUAUUCUAAGAGGAACUUAACCAGGGAAGUGGGAGGGGGGGAUGAAAAGGGAAAUUGCCAGGUUCCUGUGACUUUGAAAGGACUGAGGAAGCAGAGAGCGUUUGGGAACUUCACUGAAACUGACUGCAUCUUGCAAUUUUCUUUUUCAAAUUGGCAGAAAUCUUGUUAUUUCCAUCGAUUGAAGAAAAAAAGUGUCUGGUAAUUAAUUAAAUGACUUGUUUAUGGAAAAAAUAAAAACAAAUAAUCUGUCAGUUGUGGAAUGUAAACUGAUUAAAUAAUUAAAUAAAGAAGACCAUGU